CGAUGCAUCCAAAAUUAUAUAUUUUGAUAUAUUUCAGAAAAAUGAGUUCUCAAACAUUGUUAUCGAAGCUGGGGAAACUACCGAGGAUACCUCAGCUGCCUCCGUUCCCGGAGAAGCUCAAGGGAGGACGGAUUGAAAAAUGGAAGACGUAUUGGAUGGGCGUGGUCUCAGAUUAUAAAGAGGCGUGCCUGGAGGUGAAACAAAUGUGUACAUCAAGACCCUACAGAACAGCAGUACUAGCUUCAACGGGAGUUUUCCUGGGUUACUGUGUAAAAACUAAUCCUACAGAACAAGAUUAUAAAACCAACUUUAUGGAAAAUGGUCUUGAGCUCGGUCAAAUCAGUGACACACUGCGUAACGGUGGAUGUGACAAUUUACAGAACUACGUGUCCAGAGCUUUCAACGCCCAGCUAGUUAGACGACUAAAUAUGGGCAUAUUAUCAAGAAAAUGGUGGAUAUCUGAGAGGAAGAUGGCGGAGGCUGAUAUUAAUGAAAAUGAAUGGAAUGAGUCGGGAAAAGCUACACAACCUGAAAAUCAGCUGAGAAGGAUGUGGUGAUAUGCUUUCGAUUUAAGUGGAAGCUGGAGUUUGAACUUCCGAUUAAGCUGAACCUUGAGAUUAAACUUCCGAUUAAGCUGAACCUGGAGAUUAAACUUCCGACUAAGUUUAACCUGGAGAUUAACUUUUUAAUUUAUCUGAACCUAGAGCCAAAACCCUCUUAUUAAGCUAAACUUUGAGAUAAAAUGUCCGCUUAAGUAGAACCUGGAGAUUAAACUCCCAACUGAGCUAUACAUUUAGCUGCAACCCACCGAUUAGGCCUUAACCUGGAGCUAAGGUCCUAAUUGAGCAGAACCUGGAGAUUAAAAUCCCGACUAAGCUGAACUCCAAGCUAAAGCCCUCCGAUUAAGCUGAACUUGGCCGGAGCUUAAUCCUUGAUUUUACUCUUCACAACCAGAAACCCGGAUCAAAAUUGCAAUAUGUUCAAAGAAUUAAGCUUUGAUGUGUUUAAACUUAGAUAAACUUGGAUAUUGGAAGUUUGUGCUUCCUCCGCACAAGUUUUGAAGUUCAGUUUUAUUUGCUCAAAUUCCGUGUUUAGAAGUCAUUGACAUCAAAGAUUUUAUAUAUUUUCAGAA